UAUCCGAGAGGGUCACCUGACUCAAUCCCAUCGGAUCUUUCGACUGGGUCAAACCACAGAUCUUCACGUCCGACUGCUGGGGCGGGCAGGGAAAGAGAAAGGGAGAAGCGGGGAGCUUUCGUUGGCCGGUCUUCUGCCUUGACUAACCCGUUCACCGGCGUCCUUUCCCACCGAGCCCGGUUAACUCCGAUUCCGCUUCUCUCUGCUCAGCAGAAUUAUUGCAUCCUUCGGGGGGGGGGGGAAUUGGAGCUUUCCAGUCUCAUCCCAAGAACUUCCAACUUUCUUCGUCCCUGCCAGGGGGCUGCUCAACUUCCCCCCCCCUUGCCCCAAAUCUAAGCUCCUCCGCCUUUGGGGGGGCCCCACCAUCCGAAUGAAUUCGGGGGGGCUGGCGACCCCUUCUCUUCCCCCCAUCGCAGAAGACCCUCCUCCGAGUGGAGCCCGCCUGCCCCGCCCCUUCCUCCAGAGCCUCCGGAUCCUCUUCGAAAUCUUGGACGACCAACGCAAAGGGACCGUCCACAUCUCGGAGAUCGAGAGCCGCUGGGGGCGGGGCGGCUCCGGGGUGGCCCCCCAAGAGGACCAAGAGAUCCCAGCCGGGGUCCUGCAGGCUCUCCAGCAAGUGGCCGAGCCGUGCGGGGGCUUUUUAAGUUUUCCCCGCCUAGUGGCCGGGUUGAGAAUUGCCCUCUUCCAAAACGAAGAAGGAGCAGCAGAGGAGGCGGACUGGGGAAGCAGAGGAGCUGCCCAGGUGAAGAAGACGAGUCGGACACGAGAAUCUGAUGGGAAAGGAGUCACUCGAUCCAGGAGCACAAACAGCUUCUUGUCCCAAAGUGGGAAGUGCAGGGUGAUGCCAAAGGAACCGCGUAGACACACUAUUUCUGGUGAUGUGGAAUAUGAAAUGCUCAAGCAGAUGCAGCAGCUGGAAAGAGAGCGCGAUGCCUUGCUCCAAGGCUUGGAAAUGGUUAACCAGGUACGCGACUGGUUACAGUGCCACCUGCUGGAAGCUCAAAAACGCCAGAAGCACAUGGGAGCCCAGGCGAAUGACAGCCGAGAUUCUUACUCUAAGCAGAGCUGCCUGCUGCUGGCCAAGAUCCAGGAAGUCAACCUGUGCUUGAAAAGUUUACUCACUUCUUCUGGAAAGCCCGAAGUGCCACUCAAAAGUUGGAGGGUUCCCUUUUCCUCUCCAGAAAAUCCAUUUCACCAGCAAGCCAUCCUUGUGCUCAAGGAACAGAACCACCUGUUGACCAAGGAGGUGUCCCAAAAAUGCCACCGCAUUGCACAACUGGAGGAAGAAAAAGCAUCCCUUUGCAAGCAGCUGAAGGAGAGCUGGGGUUACAAACUCCCCAGCCACAAGGAGUUCACCUUCAUUUGAGAAGAUGCUCGGGGAUGGGCAACCAUAAACUCUAUGACCCUUCUGCUUCAAUUGGGCUUGCUUGGGAUAUCACCUCCUUUGGGGACUCCAAACGAUGGACCACAUCAAGUCUUUUGUUAGGAAAGAGGCCAACAGCAUUCCUGUUCCUAUUUUCCCCUCUAAUUGCAGAGGGUCAGGUUUGUUGGAGAAACAUCUGGAGAUGGUUGAUGGUUGUUAAAAUGGGAAAGGUGAACAUGAGGCUCUUGAGGUUCAUGAAAAAUAACCCGUGGAAGGAAAUGGGUUAGGAGAUGAAUCAGAGGCAUCGGGCAACCAAGACAAGGCUCAUAACUGCCUUGGUUUCUUACCCUCCUGGGUUCCAACAUAUUUUAGAUUCUUACUUCAGCUAUGAGGUUGAAAACCUUCUCUUAUAACAGCUUCAGGACUUUGCGCUCUGUAGCUCUGGAUCAGGGAUGCAGGCACUCAGAAUUCAUAUCAUGGCAGCAUGUUUUUCCCUGGGAUACCUGUGCUGAAGUAACCUCCCUCUGUGUUAUUUUUUUUUUCCAACCCAGAAAAAGAGCCCAUACCCAUCAAAAGCUUUUUCAUUCAGAGACCAAAUAUGUUGACGAUCUCUUUGGUUUAUAAAUGUUGCAAUCUCUCCUUUGAUAUAAUCUGCAAAUAUUUAACUGUAAUUCUGGGUUCUUCAGUUUUAUAUUUAUAUCUGAGUGGGGCUGAGUAUUACUUUUCUGUAGCUAAGGGAAAUGAAACCAAGAUAUAUUUAUGGCUAAAAACAGGACUAUGAAGCAUAGGCGCAUGGCUCCCUGUAUCUAGCCUACAAUCUAUGUUAGCUGUGUUUCCUUUCCACGUUUUGGAAUAUUGUUUCUAUGAUCCAAAUGCUUUUAGAUCAGUAUUUUUUUUUUUAUACUUGGCAGUUUUAAGAUGGAUGGAUUUCAACCCAGUAUGCUGGCUGGGGAAUUCUGGGAGUUGAAGUCCACACAUCUUAAAGUUGCUAAAGUUGAGAAAUGCUCUUCUAAAAUUUAGAUCAAUCCUGCACUUGUGGGGUGUGUUUACAGUUUAAUCAUUUUCUUUCUGCUUUUCUGAUUCCAUUUGAUAUUUUUCUAUUACUUUCUUCCUUCUUUUGUCCCCUUUGAAAUUGUCUUUUGCUUGUAAAGGAAACAAUUCCUUUCUUGUGACCUUCUAAAAUUCAGCUUAUUUGGUUAUUUAUUUGGUCAUAGCCCACUGCAAUGUGUCCACUCUCUAUGGGUCACAAUCAAUAAUUUGCAAUAUAACAUCCAGGGUACGCUCAGAAGUAAGUGGUAAAAUCUAAAACCACAAGGUCAUGUCUAAAAACCUGAAUUGCAAGGAGAUGAAAUAAAAUUGUCAUGGAAUUAA